AUGGUAGCAGGAGACCUUCAGAGACUGCCACAGGGCAGUGGCAGACUGCGUCAACCCUCCCAGGCCCCUCGUCCAGACCAUGGACACGCACCGAGGAAGUCCCGCAAGAAGCUCCAAGUUAUCAUCUGUGUUCUGCUUGUGGAGCUGUGUGAGAGAUUCACUUUCUUUGGGAUUGUAUGCAACAUGAUUCUCUUCUGCACUGUGAAGCUGGGCUAUGAUAACUACCUGGCUGCGACAGUCAACCUGUGCUUUAUAGGAGCCAGCACCCUGACCCCUGUUCUGGUUGGGUGGUUUGCAGAGACCUGUUUAGGAAGGACCAAGGUUCUUUACUUGUGUGCUUUCCUUCAUUUCUUUGGCACAGCCAUGCUGCCUGUAGUGGCAUUCCGUUUGAAUCAGCAUUAUCACAUGACACACCUGCUGGAACCUCGGGAACAGCAGAUCUUGUUCUACAUCGGCCUUCUGGCUGCUGCACUGGGCAUCGGCGGCAUCCGGGCCAUCCUCUGUCCCAUGGGAGCCUAUAGUCUGCAAUGCUACAAUCAGCACCAGCUCCUGUCCUUCUUCAACUGGUUCUACUGGUUGGUCAACCUCAAUUCCACUGUGGUGUUUCUGGGUAUUGCUUACAUCCAGCAGUCUGUGGCCAAAAAUCUGGGCUUCCUUAUCCCCUUUACCUCUGUGCUGCUGGCUCUAAUCGCCAUACAUAUGAUGCGGAACAAACUCACCUAUAAACCCAAGAAAGGUGGUUCAUUAUUAACCACACUGGGAGUAUUCAUGAACUCUCUCAAGAUGUGCUGCCUCCACUAUCGUCACCUGAGUGGAGAUGUGGGAUCUUGGCUGGACCGGGCCAAGGAGAACAACGGCGGCCGAUACAGCGAAACACAUGUAGAAAACGUUAAAGUCCUGGCCAAGCUCUUCCCUCUUUAUGGCCUUCAGCUGCUUUACAGAGCCUGCAUCACACAGAUUCCCUCAGGUUACUACAUACAGACAAUGAACUCAAACCUUCACCUCAACAACGUCCUGUUGCCCAUCGGCGCCAUGAACGUGAUCAGUAUCCUGCCUCUGCUGCUCUUAGCCCCGCUGAUCGAGUGUGUGACGACUUGUUACCUCUCCAUGGAAAAAACUCCUCUGGCACCUGCAAAACCCCCUCUCUUAUCACCCCCACCUGUCAAUCCUCCCCUUCCAGCUCUGGGCCAUGCGUGUGCCACCCUGUCGGUCCUGGUGGCAGGUUUGUCUGAGCUGCAGAGGAAGGCGUACCCUCUGGUGGAGCAGACCCUGUCUGGAAACGUUCUGCAGGUGUCAUCAAUGCUGUGUUUCCAGCUGGCUCCUCAGUACAUCCUACUUGGUCUCGCAGAGGCUCUCGUCACUCCUGCAUGUACCCUCAUAUCUUUCCAGCUGACCCCGAGCCACAUCAGAGGCAUCUCCCUGCACUUCCUCACUCUGUCCUACGGAGGGGGCUGCUUUCUGGGAGCCUUCAUCAUUCAGCUGGUGUACUUUCUCUCUGGAGGUAACUUCUACCCAAACACACUGCACGAUGGGAAUCUGGAGAGAUUCUUCUUCCUCCUGGCCACACUGAUGGCUGUAAACACCCUCGUGUUUUGGAGCGUGUCUUACAGGUACAUAGACUUGAGUGUGCAGGGUAAAGCACUGACCGCCAGCCCUCUGACUGAGAAGCUGCUGUAUUACAAAGCCUGUCUGCGGUUCUACAACACUGUGGAUUGCUCCUACACAAACGCCUGCAUUGAAUCUAUUUUAUGACGGUCUUAAUUAUUUUCUCUACUGUUGGUGGCGCUGGCGCUGCAUGUUACU